AGUACGUCGCGAACGAUGCCAAGACGAAAGUCGCCUCCACCCACGUUCAUCAACCUUGACGACUGCAAGCCGAUCCUCGCGACCGCGACCACGACCACAAACACGAGCACGAACUCGAGCAACCGUGGAACGACAGCAUUCGUCUUCACGUCGUCGCGCACCCUACGCGCUCUCCAAGACCAGGAGGAUCGCAGAGCAUCUCCUGGCUCUCCCCCAGUGCCCUCACCCGCCACUCCUCCAACGCCCUCGACCUCCUCGUCGUGCGCAAGCAGGCACCGCGCGCAGCUCACUAUCACACAACUUACGAAACACUCCGAAGGGGCGAUUGACGCGCGCGCGCUCAUUGGCCCCAAAAUGCGUGCUGCCGGGUUCGUAAACCUUCCUCACACUUUCGCCUCGCGGUCCGAGGCCGGCUUUCCGGGCGCGUUGUCCCAGACGUUUCCAAUCCUCUUCGUCAACCCAUCCGUCGCGGCCACCUUGCCAUGGGAAUAUCAGAGGGAAGUACCCUGGUCUUAUCCUUCGACAAACCGCGCGACUGAGCCAUCUGGACGACCUAGCUCUGAGACGGCCUCGGAUGAGCCUACUCCCGGCGCAGUUCCGGCGUUGGUCUCGUUGCCUCGCCCGCCGCCGGCCCCGCCUCCUCUCCACCGGGAUAACAUGCCAGGAUCGUCUGGGUCUUCGGGAUCCGAGUCCUCUGGGUUGCUCUCAUCUUCAGGCUCUUCGUCCACGCUGUUUUCAUUGCAGUCGUCUCCCUCCAUGGGAUUGACGUCAGUGGAAGAGACCGACGAGGAGGAGUCCGAGGUAUGUCACAAAGGCAAGUCAAGAGCCAAGGAGCUCGAGCCCUCCGAGUUUCCCUUCCCUCCGGCGUACGAGCCUCCCCAGUCUCCGAAGUCGGUCAGAUCCCACGGAUCGCGUGCGUCGAGCGUUACGGCGUCCCCCACGAUCUACGCCGGUCCUGGGCCGGCUACACGGUCUUUCUCGUCUGUCCAGUUCUUCACUGCAUCCUCACCAUCGACACAUCAGCAGGACCUUCGCAUCACGAGGCCGCCCCCGCCUCUGCUUCCUUCUCCUGCAUUGGAAGAACAGCAUGAGAGGCCUCAGGCAUCGGACAAACCGAGCCAGCCAGCCACCCGCUCCUUCAGAACGGCCAAACCAGCAAAGACACAGCGCCAGUACAGUUUGACCGAGCUGUGCGAUGCGUCGCCCUUGGUCUGGCUGACCACGCCGGACAUCUUUGUGCCUCCUGCACCCAUCGCGCGGUCGCCAAUCCGGGCAUCCAGCAUCGCUCCGUCCUCACUGUCCAUCUCAGCGUCACGACCACGGCCUGCUGUAGAAGCACCGCCUCAUAGCCGACAUGCCACGGCUCCGGACGCUGUCCCUACCCUUGCGUCAACGACCGAGCGUCAUCACAGAAUCCCCAGCGCCCCAUUACGACACCACUCGAUCCCUUCGAAACACGUCUCCGUGUCUUCCGAUCAGGACAGUGGCGAGACGAAGGCGAGCCGAGGAGGGAAGCAGGAUCUGGCGAAGGACGUCUCUUCACGCGCGGGAGGUGCCGAAAUUCACCGGUGGAGCGAUGGUGUCGCCGCGGCGGACUCGAAGUCGCGCAGACAGGAGUCCGCCGAUGGUGGGACCGGGAUGCGGGCUCGGGGCCGAGACACGCGAGGGAAGUCCCUCGGCGCGUCGGAGACGGAGGAGGAGCGGGCUGCCGCAAGGUCGGAGCCCGCGCUUGAGCAGGCCAGACAGGGUCUGACGGCGGCCGUGUUCGCGCAUCGAGAGCGCGACCGCGAGUAUGCGCGUCAUGUCGCCGCCGACCGCGAGACGCUUGUGAAGCAGAAACAACGCGCCCACCGCAAGCUCCGCGGGGACCCCCUCCCCUACGACGGCCCGAGCGAGUCCGAGUCGACCAUGGUCGAGCAGCCCUUCACCACCGUGAAGUCCAUUGACUGAGCUCCUCAUCGACAGCGUUCGAUUCCACCCUGCAGAUCGUUGCCCUCGACCAGUAUCAUAUCCACGCAUAAUUGCUCGGGCGCAGGGAGCCCAGGCUGCCCCGCCCGUCGCCAGGCCGCGUCCGGAAUCUCAGCCAUGACGUAUUCAACGACCAGCAGCUUCCAGGAGGCUGCCCUGUACCACCACUGCACGAUAGACCCAUGGACUGUGUCUUCAUAUUCCUGUCCCAUGCCCCUCACCUCCCGCCUCUCUGCAUAUCCUUCCCGUUUUCCGCUGUUGCAUGCUACUCUCGCAUUUACGACUAUUCCGCACUGUCUGAACAUUGACGGUGCCCGGUUCCCCACUUCCGUUCACGACCCCUUACCUGCAUCCAUUCGUCGCCCUCCCACCUUGUCCGCAUCCAUCGCGACAUCGACCCCUGCAUCGGAUCCGCACAUACACACACUCGACCCAUGCCCGCACAUUCGCAUAAACCCCACCCCGCACAUCAUCUAUC